UUGGCUCACGCGUCACGUAACGGCAAUAGCCGGGUGGCUAUGUAGAACCGAAUGCAUUGCCAUUUCAGAAUCGAAGUACUUCAAACCUCGAUGCCACCUUCCUUUUUACAGAGACUAAUUGCAGGCUGGCUGGCGCUAUUGCUUGUUUUCCAGUAUGCCGCGUAUGGGCAUAUGAUAGAUGUCCCUGCUGGAAAGAAGGAAUGUUUCUUCGAAGAUUUACAUAAACAAGACAAGAUGACUGUAACGUAUCAAGUGGGGGGAGGAGGUCAUCUGGACAUUGACUUUUGGCUGGCAGAUCCAGAGGGAAGACUGCUCGGAAAGCAGGUAAAGCAAUCGACUGGAACUCUUUCCAUUACCGCAGAGAAGAAUGGUCGAUUUGAGUAUUGCUUUUCCAAUCAAAUGAGUGCUAUUGCCGACAAAAUCGUCAGCUUCAACGUUCACGGUAUAAUUUAUGUUGGUGAAGAUGAUGUUGUCGCGCCUAUCGAACGCGAAAUUCGACUUCUUGCGCACGGCCUCGCGGCUGUGAAAGAUGAACAAGAAUAUAUCGUUGUUCGCGAGAAGACACAUAGGAAUACCGCCGAAUCUACUAACGAUCGGGUGAAAUGGUGGUCUGUCCUACAAGCCGUAGUUCUAUUUGCUGUCGUCGGUUGGCAAGUUUAUUAUCUGAAGUCCUUCUUCGAAGUCAAACGUGUCAUAUGAUUAUACAAGUUGUUCUCAUUGCUCAAUGUAGCUUUAUUCUCGAUGAACCUCCAGUGACUGCAGUUCAUCUAGCUUGGUGACCAAGCCCUCUAA